AAUUUGCGGGUCCCGACGGAAGAGCCUUCUUGAAGAUCUCUGGGUGCGGGCUGACUCAAAAGUUCUGUAAGUAAACAUUAUUCGUAGCUAUAGUUGAUAGUCAUAUCCGUAGUUUACAAAAAUAGAUUAAUUGCAUUUGUUGCUUUGGCAGUUGUUUUUGUUUUCUUAAUGCAUUCUAGAAUAUGUUCUGUCUUACAAUCUCGUUCAAUAAAGUCUAUAACAUGCACACGUUGCUCAGUUCUGAUCUUGCAGACUGAUUCGACUAUAGUGUCGGAGAUAAAAGCAAAAUAUUAGAAAAAUAUGAUGACAUCAAUUAAAUUUCAUGAUAUUUAUUCUUCCCUCAGUAUUGAAAUAUGAAAGUUGGUACCUUUCUGGUGUUCGGCAUCUUACUGGUUAUGUCGUUCUAUGAAGAAAUUCAAGCUCUUUGUCACCCCAAUGGAUGCAGCAUUCCGUUUAAUCUUCCUUACUUCUACAAGAAACGUUUCACCCCGGCUUGCAACAAGCAUGAUGUCUGCUACGCUUGCGUAAGAUAUAUCUCUUCUACUUUGCACACAAACGAUAUGCAAAAUCCAGUGGUUCUUUUCUGAACGGUUUAUUAGCAUGAAAAGCUGACCAAAAACCUUUCAAAUGUGUCGCGACUUCACAAUUUCAGCCAAUCAAUAGGCAAAACCGUUUCACUUAUUACAAGCCGCUAUGAUUCUUUUAGAGCUGAGUCACAAUUACGCUUGACCUAGUAGUUUCAGUGGUCGUAAGAACAAAUAAACCGGCUGUUUGUGUUUUUUUUCCCCGUAGGGUGAAAGCAACAAAUGGAGUCGAUAUCAGUGUGACCGCGCGUUUAAACGUGAUAUGGACGACUUGUGUCAAGGGCUCAAUAUCACUAAGAAACUCUGUAGAGCUUUUUCGGUUCACUACUACAAUGCAGUUCUCCUCUUUGGAGGGAAACAUUACAAAAAGACCUCUUUGUCCUGGUGUAAGAACUGCCCUAAGGAGAGAGGCGAUCCCAACGCGAGGCUGGGACGUUGAAAAAUAAUAAAAACUGGAGGACGAGGAUCUUCAAACCCGAAGUGGCAUCAUCGACAUAAUUAAAAACUGUAACGUGAUUAAAAUUGAAUUAGAAGGGGUUAGGCUGAGGACGUUUAAUGAUGUUAAUGAUACUUGAAGUUAUAAUAUCGAGCC